UCCCGCCAUUGCAAAAUGCAUCUCCUUACUCUGAUCUUUGGGACUGUGCUUCUCUCUGAAGCCUACAGCCUGAUUUGUUAUAAGUGUUUACCAGGAAGCACAGCAACAUGCGAAUUCAAAACAUGCCCUUCAGUGGGAUAUCAGUGUAGUGUGCUGAGAAUCACUUCAUAUGCAGGUGGUUCAAAACUUUCUGAUAUCCAGAUGAAAACUUGUGUUUUGAAUGAAGACUGUGCUGAGGGCUCAGUCAACUUUGGACUUACCAGAAAUGUGAUUACCAGCAAGUGUUGCAACUCCAAUCUCUGCAACACCGAAACUGCUCCUGAGCCCAGUGAAUCUGAACCCAAUGGAAAAAAGUGCUUCCACUGCAAUGGAAACGUGUGCACCACAACUGUGAACUGCUUGGGGAAUGAGGACCACUGCAUCUCAAAAACAGUGAAUGUAGGUGGUGAAACGAUAAUCACAAAGGGCUCUGCCUCCAAGCAGAUCUGCUCAAAUACGAAAAAUGCACUGUUUAAAGGAGUCAUUGGAGGAGACAUUAGCUGCUGCAAGGGUGACUACUGCAACAGCGCCAGCAGCAUAAGUGCUGGCCUCCUGCUCCUGGUGACACCACUGAUCUCUCUGGUCAUGUUCUCUUAACUGGUGGAGACGGCAGCAUUGCAGCUUAGUUUUUCUUAUCUUCACAUAGCCUCAUAGUGCUCACACCCUUUUCCUUAUCCUUUCAACCGAUGAGUGAGAGAGUAGAACGUUUUGCAAGUUUCGUGUAAAAAUAGAAUUUAGUAAAGUUAUAAUUUCCCUUUAUUUCCUGCCUUAUACAGUUUGUAACUGGCUUAUUUCUUUAUUUGUAUUAUUAUUAUUUGCAUGUUGCCUAUAAAGAUAAGAGCAAAGGUCUUGCAUAGAAUAAUUGCUAUCUGUUUUUCUGAAGAAUGUAAAAAACAUUUUUUCGCAAUUUUUCAUCUGUGUGCUAAUAUUAACCUGAAACCUAAUUUUAAUUGGAAUUAUCUGAAAUAUUUUGAAGUUACUGACGAAAAGCAAACACAUUUCUUACAAUUCUUCUUAGUGUAGUUUUUUGUCCUUUCUCAGUCUCAUUAAAAAAUUUAAAAUACAAACUUAACUUAAACCUUUAAGUUUAUGCUGUUUUCUGCUAUAUUAAUGUUCAAAAUCUCAUACAUAUAACCUUUAAAUGCCAGUUAUAAUCAGGUGAACCAGGAUGAAGCACAACACCAGACAACUGACAUAUGCUGUUUUGGGCGGUCCUUGGCCGGAGGUCCAAGUCUGAUUUAAGCCCACAGUCUGUAUUACUUAUUCCAGAGCCAGAUGGUUGAAGUCUUGUGAGGAGUUUUACCAGUUUUAAACCUGCUAAAAAUAAGUUUGUAACUAGUUGUGAAACAAUCUUAAUUUGAUACUGAUGCCUCUCUUUAUGACCUAGCCUACAUAGACUGAGUCGUAGACGCACUCUCUGCCACUUGGGUUACUUUUAUGGGAUGAUGAUCACUUCUCUCACCCCAAAUGUAAAAGCCCUGAAAAAGGGAAUAUUUGAAAGCAAAACUAAUUGAAUCAAGCCAUGAGAAUCUUUUGUUGAGGGUCUAUAUUAUGACAAAAAUCACACUGACAACUAAGUGAUUAGAAAAAUACAGUUGUAAAAUUGGCCAAUUUUGACCAGUGCCUGUCUUUUUUCAGGCUAUUUGAAAGUAAAUGCCCAAAAUACACAUUUAUGUGUUUUAUUUUAUUACACUUUGCCCAUUUGUGUGUGUAAAAUUCUCCAAAAUCCACCAAAAGUUAGCAUUCAUCAACAAUUCCUCAUUUGCAUAUGUAAACAGAAAACUUCAGAAAACUUGUAACACAAAAAUGAAUUUUCUUAAUGUAUGUAUUCAACUAGGGAAGUUUCAUAGUCAGAUCUAUUAGAUAGAUAUUUACCCUAUUCACCUGUAGUGUCUCUAGGAUGAUUCAGGGAAGCUUUAUUUCUAAAUGUUUUUAGAUUUAGUGCAGGCAAGAAAAUAUGGCUGUAAAAUAUAUGACAGUCCCAUGUUAACCUUGUUAGCUUAUGAAGUCUGUCAUAACUCAACUGUUCAGUCUGUUCCCAUUUCUAACUUCGUAUUCAUCAUGUACAACUGUCAUCUGAAGAUGGGGACGCUUUGUGGGAAAUAACUAUAAGCAGUGUACCCCCAUCGAGUGGACAAAUGUUAUAUAACAGGCAGUUUAUGAAAUCCUCAAUACCUUUCAAGAAUUUUUUUUUCUACUAAAAACAAUGAAUAUAAUUGGAAAUUUUUACUUUUGUCUAUGGAUUCUUUAAUUGCAGCUUAAAUACAAAAGAGUUGUUGAUUUAAAUGGGAUAAUUCUGCAUGGAUGGUGAGAUUUUAAUUUUAAUGUUGUAGGGAAGUUCUCCAUUCCUAUAUUCCUUGUGUUCACACUCACACAUAAUUAUUUCCCGCUGUAUUUCAAUGUAUGUAUGUUUUGUUUUCAAUAGUGGAGCUAUUGUAUAGACUAUGGUUAUUGCACGAUACAUUCACUAUACUCACAAGUAGGAACAAAUGUGAAAGAUUUUCUUUAAAACCACCCUUCAUAAUGUGAUAAUGUGUGUAAAAAUGUAUUUUAUGAAUCCUUGAA